GGCUAGUGAGAGCUGUGGCGGCGUCAUGUCCUCCGAGGUGGCCGCGCGCCGCGAUGCCAAGAAGCUGGUGCGCUCCCCCAGCGGCCUGCGCAUGGUACCCGAGCACCGCGCCUUCGGCAGCCCCUUCGGCCUGGAGGAGCCGCAGUGGGUCCCGGACAAGGAGUGCCCGAGGUGUAUGCAGUGUGACGCCAAGUUUGACUUUCUCACCAGAAAGCACCACUGUCGCCGCUGUGGGAAGUGCUUCUGUGACAGGUGCUGCGGCCAGAAGGUGCCGCUGCGACGCAUGUGCUUCGUGGACCCCGUGCGGCAGUGCGCCGAGUGCGCCCUCGUGUCCCACAAGGAGGCCGAGUUCUACGACAAGCAGCUCAAGGUGCUCCUGAGCGGAGCCACCUUCCUCGUGACCCUGGGAGAUGCCGAGAAACCAGAGACGAUGGUUUGCCGUCUGUCCGGCAACCAGAGGUACUUGCUUCUGGAAGGGGCCAGCCGCCACGAGGUUGAGAUCGCCCGCAUCUCGGCCGUGCAGGUGCUCACGGAAGGCUUCCAGGCCGGAGGAGGCAACGCACGGGCCACAGGCAUGUCCCUGCAGUACACAGCACCAGGGGCGGAGGGCACGACCCAGCUGAAGCUGACGGCUGGGGAGGACGCCAGCGCCAGCCGAAGGCAGUCGACAGCGUGGCUGGCGGCCAUGCACAAGGCCACCAAGCUCCUCUACGAGUCACGGGACCAGUAACCGCGCAGGACGGCCCGUCGGCCUGGAACCGCGGAGCCUGCUCUCCGCACGCACAGGCAACGCACCCGCCACGGGCUGGGAAGCGCAGCCCGAGUGUCGGGGAAGCGAGCGCUUGCUUAGCCAGUGCAGGUUCACAGUUUGCUGAAGCUCUGAACGGCCUCACGCUUUAGGGCUCGUCACCUUGUCGAUACUUAACUGGAGGUGGGAGAGGUGGAGUCACACUACUGCCAAACUAUUUUUAGCAUACCUUAAACCAUGUUUUUAUGGGUGCCCGGGUUUACUAGAAGGUUCUGGUCCCUCAGUGGUCCCUGGCAGCACGAGGACACACGCUGCUUUCGAGGCGGCCCGAGCCCGAUCAUAGACCGCUCGCUUCCCGCAUCACUAACCUGGGGCUACGAGCAAACCUUUGAUACUCACGGAGCGGGAGGAGCCAGCUUUGCUUUUUGUACUUUUCACUUACCGUUUCACUUUAUUAAAAUAAUUGUACAACAAUUUGUAUAUAAAGCUUAUGAUUAAAACCUAUUUUGAAAAUACA